AUGCGCGAACUUCUGGCUGAGGACGGCAUUGUUGUUUCGCCCGGCGUCUAUGACGGCUACAGCGUCCGGAUGGUCGAGAAGAUGGGCUUCAGGACCGCCUGCACGACCGGGGCCGGGCUUGCCAAUUCCCGCAUGGGCGUGCCGGAUGUCGGCAUCAUGGGGCUGACCGACAAUCUCGAAGCCUGCCGCAUGAUGGCGCGCAGCGUUUCCAUCCCCGUGAUGGCCGAUGCCGAUACGGGCUACGGCAACGCCAUUGCCGUCUAUCAUACCAUCGAGCGGUUCGAGGAAGCGGGCCUGGCAGGCGUCAACAUCGAGGACCAGGUCAGCCCGAAGCGCUGCGGUCACAUGACAGGCAAGGAUGUCAUCGACAUGCGCGAGAUGGCGCGCAAGAUCGAAGCGGCCUGCGACGCGCGCAAGGAUGACGACUUCAUCGUCCUGGCACGAACCGAUGCGAUUGCGGUCGAGGGGAUCGAAGGCGCCAUUCGCCGCGCCCGGCUCUAUGCGGCCGCAGGCGCCGACCUGAUCUUCGCCGACGCGAUCGGCGGCGAGGAACAGAUCAAGCGGCUCGUGGAUGCGUCCCCGGUUCCGGUCUCGGUCAAUAUGGGGUUCGGCAUCCGUAACCGCCCGACGACGCCGCUGAUCCCGGUGAAACGGCUCGAGGCGCUGGGCGUCAAGCGCGUGACCCUGCCGCGCAUGCUGCCGGCGGCGGCAUUGAUGGCCAUGGAGAACGCCCUGUCCAUCCUGAAAGGCGCCAUGGAGAGCGGUGAGGUCGCCGAUCAUCCGGACCUGCUUUACGGGAUCGACGACAUCUGGGCACUGAUGGGGCAGCCCGAGAUCAAGGCAAUGGAACAGCGCUAUGCCGAUCUUGACGCCAUUGCCCUGCCCGAGGAUCGCGCCGCGUCCUGA